AGGUCAUGUGACACGGAACUGAAGAGCCACCAUCUUGAAAUGAAUCAGAAGAGGAAUUGAUAAAUAAAUGGUGUUAAACCCCAAAUUUCAUGUAAUUUAUACUAUCAGAUACAAGUAUUGCUUAAAAACGUAACAUCCAUGUCUUCAGGCAAUACGUUACAGAAAGCCAUUGAGCUUGUUACAAAAGCCACAGAAGAAGACAAGAAUAAGAAUUAUGAGGAAGCCCUACGGCUGUAUGAACACUCAGUAGAGUACUUUUUACAUGCUAUGAAAUAUGAGGCACAGAGUGAGAAAGCUAAAGACAGUAUCCGAGCCAAAUGUGCACAAUAUCUAGACAGAGCAGAGAAACUAAAACAAUUUUUGAACAAAAAGUCAAAAAAGCCAGUAGCUGAUGGAGAGGGAUCAAACAACAAAGGAAAAUCAUCAAAGAACAAUGACUCUGACAGUGAUGAAGAAGAUCCAGACAAAAAGAAGUUUUCAAAUCAGCUGUCAGGUGCCAUUGUGAUGGAAAGACCUAAUAUAAAAUGGGAUGAUGUUGCUGGUUUACACAUGGCUAAGGAAGCGCUUAAAGAGGCUGUUAUUCUUCCCGUAAAAUUUCCACACCUUUUUACUGGUAAAAGAAAACCUUGGAGAGGAAUUUUGUUGUUUGGACCUCCUGGUACAGGAAAGUCCUACUUAGCCAAGGCUGUGGCAACAGAAGCCAAUAACUCUACCUUCUUUUCUGUUUCGUCAGCUGAUUUAGUGUCAAAGUGGCUGGGAGAAAGUGAAAAAUUGGUAAAGACAUUAUUUGCCUUAGCUCGUGAGAAUAAGCCCAGCAUUAUAUUUAUUGAUGAAGUGGAUGCCCUUUGUGGAUCCCGUAGUGAGAAUGAAUCUGAGUCUGCUAGGAGAAUCAAAACUGAGUUUCUGGUCCAGAUGCAGGGAGUGGGUGUGGACAAUGAUGGUGUUCUAGUAUUAGGAGCUACAAAUAUACCCUGGGUUCUGGACUCAGCUAUAAGGAGAAGGUUUGAGAAAAGAAUUUAUAUCCCCUUGCCUGAAGCCCCUGCAAGAACAGAGAUGUUUAAACUUCAUCUAGGGAACACCCCUCACAGCCUUACUGAGGAGGAAUUCAGAGAACUAGGAAGGAGAACAGAGGGGUAUUCUGGAGCUGACAUAUCCAUUGUGGUCAGAGAUGCUCUAAUGCAGCCAGUCAGAAAGGUUCAAACAGCUACACAUUUCAGAAAAGUGCGAGGUCCCUCGAGGGAGGAUCCUAAUGUGAUAGUGGAUGACCUACUGACUCCCUGCUCUCCAGGAGCCCCAGGGGCCAUGGAGAUGAACUGGACCGAUGUUGAUGGAAAUAAAUUGCUAGAACCCAUUGUAUCAAUGAAUGAUAUGCUUAUGUCAUUAGCCACGUCUAAACCUACAGUGAAUGAAGCAGACCUUAAAAAGUUAGAGGAGUUCACUGCUGAUUUUGGACAGGAAGGAUAGUCAAGCUGUAGGGAUCUCUUUAUCUUUUGUAUAUUGUGUAAUAAUGUAUAAGAACUUGUAUGACAAGGAGCAAACUUGAAACUGGUGUUCUAUGAUAUCCCAUUGAUGCACAAAGUAUCUUGUUACUAUGAAUAUAAACACUGUGUUGUGCGACCUGCUCAUGUCCAGGAUAUCCUCUUAUAGAAUUCAGUUGUUGGCUAUUGAUUAGAAAUUUCAUUAAACUGUGAUAGAAGUUGGUACAUGAUAUCUGGUCUAACUGAUUGUAUGGCUGAGUGAGUGAGAGGAAUUUUUUCUGUAUGAAAACCAUCUGAUUUUUUUCAGCCUUUGCCUAGAGAAUGUAAAUGGUAAUCAGUCUUAUCAUUUUAACCUACUUUAUCUGCAAUUUUGAUUCUGACUGUGUGUUUUGUUGAUUUGAUUGUAGUUAUGUAAAUGUGGCAUUAAUUGUCCAUUGACAGUAACACAUGAUGCCUUUUGUGUUUUUUUUUAAAAAUAUUUCUUUACAUCUUUAUGUUUUUGUAAUAGUUGAAACAGUGUUCUGCGAAGAUGCGCGACAAAUUGAAUAAAUGUUAACAAGAUUUAUACACUGUAAAAUAAAGUAUUUAAAAACA